GGCCCCGGCACUGCCGCAGAGGGCUGGCACCCAGGGGCACUAAUAAGCUGCUUCUGUUGCGUUGCAGGGCUCAGGAUGGACUUUCUGACGCUCUUCAUGAUUUACCUGUGUUUUGUUCUCACGACUAUUGCGCUACUCUGCAUCUGCUCGGGAAGAAAGGAGAGUUUCCUCACAAGGAGUGUCAACGGUGCAAGCCAGGUACUGUCAUUUGUAAUCCCCACACAGCUCCAGAGAGUGACACAGAGGGUGCUUCACAGGCUCUUCCACACAAGAAGCUGUUUGUUUGUUGUCCUGCACAUAGUCUUGCAGGCUGCUGUGUACGGGGAAUACACAUGGGAGGUGUUUGUUUACUGCGGGGAGCUGCAGUUCCACCUCCUCCUCCUGCUGCUGCCCUACCUGCUGCUGGCUGGGAACGUGGGCUGCUUCGUUCUCUGCUCCCGGGCCAAUCCUGGUAUAAUAACAAAGUCAAAUCAUGCAUCACUCGUUAAGAUUUAUGCAUAUGAUGGUGUAUUAUUUCAGAAAGGCAUCGUGUGUCCUACGUGCAACAUGGAGAAGCCAGCCAGAUCAAAGCAUUGCAGUUCCUGCAGUAUGUGUGUGCACCGUUUCGAUCACCACUGCGUGUGGGUCAACAACUGCAUCGGUGCCUUCAAUGCGAAGUAUUUCUUCCUGUACCUCUUCACACUGACUGCCAUGGCUGCAACCAUUGCAAUCAUCACAGCAGCAUUUCUCAUCCAAGUGGUGCUGCUGUCAAAUAUGAUGCAUGGGAGUUACAUUGAUGACCAAGGACAAGAGCACGCUGUUGAGAUUCUCUUUCUCAUUCAGCACCUCUUCUUGACUUUUCCUAGGAUUGUCUUCAUGCUUGGUUUUGUUAUUCUCCUCACACUCGUACUGGGUGCGUACUGCUGCUUCAAUCUAUACUUGGCCUUAACCAACCAAACUUCCAAUGAAUGGUAUAAAUCCAGAAGAUAUGGGCAUUCCCACCAUCUAACACUGCAGCCUCAUGACAGACGAGUUGUCUACAAAAACAUUUACUCUAAAGGAGUCUGGAUGAAUUUAAAGGAAAUCUUUAAGCCUCCUACAGUGUUAGAAAGAAAGAAGAAAACAUGAAGAUAUUAUUCUUUAUAUGUGCAUUUUUAAACUUUUUGUAAGACUUUA